AUGGAAGUGGAUGGCUUUGCAGAAGCGAAUCAGUUGUUAUGUUCAGCACUUGAGCAACUAGAUGACAUCAUUGCUUCGGAGAAUGAACGUUUGGCAAAUGAAGUGGAUGAUAACGAUGUGAUAUCGAUGAAUAGACCGAGACGAAACCGAAGAAGGAGAAAUGAAAAGAAUAUGGAAUCGAUAAGUAGUAGCAGUGGUGGUAGCAGUAACAGCAGUAGCAUUAAUGGAGAAUCACAGUCACCUCCAUCUGAUAUUCCCGAAUCAUCCAGUAUCUCUAAUACAACACCGAAUAUUUUUGAAGCUUUUCUCAGGGCGAUCGACAAAAACGAAAUAGUUGAGCGGCCAGGAUUGGAGACACAACUGAAGAUUAUGCACUGGUUGUGUGGUACAGAUGGUAGUCAAAUGAAAGCAUCUUUGGUCUUUAUUGUUGCGAAUGAAUGGAUGCUGAAUGCCGGAAAUGAUUAUCGUGCUUGUUGA